AUGGCUCUCUACUAUCCACCUCUUACUCAAGAACAGACCAAGAGAAUCUGGGAGAUGCAGAUGGACCGCACGGAAGAUCUUUCCCUACAGGCCGCUCCAGAGGAUACAGCAGUAGCCCUUUCCGAGUGGCACAAGAAGGAGUACCAUGUGCCCGGUCCCAUAAUCGUCAAGGGCGAACACUUUGAAAAGGUCGCCAAAGUGUCGAAUGAGUUCAACGGAUACCUUUAUACGGUGAAACACGAGCGCGCUGAUCACGAUAGGGCAUAUUCGAAGGAGCACCGUUUCGAUGACUUCAACCGGCAGCAGUUCAUCUUUGGAGGCCAGGGCUUUGGUCAGGAGCAACAGGGGUACGGGGUACCCGGCGUUUGGCAGAACACUCAGCAGGGCAACGUGAUGCCCUACGCUGGACAAGCCGGGAACAUGAUGGGCGGCAAUCCGAUAGGAGGCGGGCCAUAUGGCAACAACACGCAGAACCAGGGAACUUUUCUGGGUAACCAGGGGUGGCAGCCUGGAUAUGGUAGCGUGGGCAACACAGGGUUUGGCAACAUGAACAUGGCUGGGCCUUCCAUGGGAAACAGCAGUGGGGGAAACAAUAUGGGGACCGGUAUGUCACCUGGCUCUGUCAAUGUUCAAGUUUUACCGGGUCAGAGUAUCCAGGGCCAGAUGAACAACCCUCAACAACAGCAGCAGCAACCUAAUCCAAAUAUGGGACAAGGGGGAUCGAUGCAGUCUGGAUUUCGGUAA